AUGACAGUCACGUACUCCCGCAGGGUUGCUGAUGCAGGUCUGGGAACCUUCUUUCACCUGCUCCUGCGAUGGAAAGGCAGCAUCUACAAACUGCUCUACAGAGAACUCAUCAUCUUCACACUGCUCUACUACUUCUUCAGUGUUGUUUAUAGGUUUGUGUUGAGUGAGGAGCAGAAGAGGCUGUUUGAGAAGCUGGCGAUAUACUGUGACCGCUACGCAGAGCUCAUUCCUGUCUCCUUUGUGUUGGGCUUCUAUGUGACCUUGGUCGUGUCCCGUUGGUGGGGACAGUUUGAAAACGUCCCCUGGCCGGACCGCCUGACAGCAUUGGUGGGCGGUCAUGUCCGUGGAGCCGACGAGGCCUCCAGGCUGACCCGCCGGACUCUGAUGCGAUACGCCAACCUGUCUGGUGUCCUCAUCUACCGCUCUGUCAGCACAGCCGUCUACAAGAGGUUUCCCACCAUGCAGCACCUGGUGCAGGCAGGAUUGAUGACGCCCGAGGAGCUGAGGCACCUGGAGGACUUGCCCUCUCCUCACAACAAGUUCUGGGUUCCCUGUAUGUGGUUCGUCAGUCUGGCCCUGAGAGCUCGGUCUGAGGGUCGCAUCAACAACGACGUGGCGCUCUCAGCCAUCCUCACUGAAUUGAAUAGUUUACGGGCAAAGUGUAUGAAGCUGUACGGUUAUGACUGGAUCAGCCUGCCUCUCGUCUAUACUCAGGUGGCGACAGUGGCCGUGUACAGUUUCUUCCUGGCUUGUCUGAUUGGUCGUCAGUUCUUGGACCCAGCUCAGGGUUACCCGGGUCACGAUCUGGACUUCUACCUGCCUGUGUUCACCCUGCUGCAGUUUUUCUUCUACGUCGGUUGGCUGAAGGUGGCGGAGCAGCUCAUAAAUCCUUUCGGUGAAGACGACGAUGACUUUGAAACCAACUGGCUUGUUGAUCGCAAUUUACAGGUGUCCUUGCUGUCUGUGGAUGAGAUGUACGACAGCCUGCCACUGGUUGAGAGGGACAUGUACUGGAAUAAGUCUGAGCCUCAGCCUCCCUACACCACUGCCAGUGCGGAACACCGCAAACCCUCCUUCAUGGGCUCGGCUCUGGAUAUCAGUGUUCCUAAGGAGGAGAUGGAGUUCCAGACCAAUCUGGAGCAGAUCAAGGAACAUGAAGAAGCCAACUACUCCACCCCACUGCUCGGAGGGUUGGGUCGCCUCCUCGGCGUCCAGUCCCCUAGCUUUCCUCGCUCCACUCGGGUGUCUUUAUUCCGCCGCCGCCGCCCUGGAGCUCCGCUGAGCCGCUUUCCUCUUUACCUACACCCUGAAGCACCAUCAACACCAGGUCAAGUCCGCCAGCCUUUGAACCAAGAUCCGGACUAUGCCUUCUCCAGCAUGCCCCAGUAUGAGAGACCAGGUUUCUACAGCUGUCCACAAACACCCAUCCACUGCGUCCCCCCUGCUGUGCCUCGCCCUCGACCCGCCCGGAGAGCCCAAAACGAGUGGGACCGCAGCUGCAGCUCCCUGGCCCAUCCAAUGGUGGGCUCACAGCUGCUGCCCCCUGACACCCCCGGCCAUGUCCCCCAACCUCCGUCCUCAGCUUUCCCCUGGUUGAGUGAAGAUGGCGGGAGUGCCCCGACCUUCUCCUUCCCCGAACCGCCACCGGAACUCUGCCCGAUAUCUAAACUCAGACCAGGGCACGGCCUGCUGUCUCGCCGGCCUCCCCCUCAUUGCCUCAAUCUGGAAUACCUCCCCAUGUCCGACAGCCAUUCUGGCCCCGCGAGUGCUCGGGCUGCAGGAAGCGGAGGAGAACAGGUGUUCGCGUUCAAUUCUCCCCCUCGAACAGCCGCAAUAAAUCCCAGUAAUCCCACCAGCAGCUCUAGCAGCAUUAAUGCAACAAGCACCAACAGCGCUGGCACGACGGGAAGUCUCUGCAACGGUACAAGUCACACUAGUUUUAGUAACCAUGGGAACUUCAGCACCAGCACCAGGGCAAGCAACGGAGGCAACAACGGUGGCCUCAGCAGCAACUUGAACCCGGCCUCCACCACAGCGUCAUCGCCGCAGGAAUCCAACCAGCAACACUCGCCCAAUGAUUCAGGGAUCUCACUGGCUGAAGGGGACCUGCUGGGCGUUCUGGUGGAUGGCGGCGUGAAGAAGGCGGCAGGAGGGCGGGAGCAGGACUGAGGACAGACGGUGUGACGGUGUUUCUGUGUCACAUGUGGGAUUUAAAAUAUGCACACACAGGUCCUGACCUAUGUUCCCUCUGAAAUCUGGAGCCCCACACAAGACUGAAAAGCGUUUGCCGAGUUAACACUGGGUUAAUCUCUACUUCCGGACAAACUGUUACAGAACAAUUAACUUGCUUGUGAUGCAAAAAGCACCUUAUGAAAUUGAACCGUCCACAUGUGAAGGAGAAACAAGACGUACUUUGCAGUUUCCUACACUCAGAGCCAGGAAACCAAUGUGUGUAUACUCUUUAACUCUUGUAGUCAUAUUGAUGUUUCCAUCA